AUGCCGUCAAACAUGUCUACGUCUAUUGCACUUACUGCUGUGGCGUUCCUGCUCGUUUCAGACCUGACUAACGCAGAACGUGUCCUGGGGGCAUAUAUCUUCCAGCGCCAUGGAGAUCGCACCGCGAAAGCCUGGCCACCGACAAAGUUGACCAGUCUAGGGUACAGCCAGGAGUAUAUGACUGGGUCAUUUUUCCAUGACCGCUAUAUCUCAGCCAAUUCUUCCUACAAGAUUGAUGGGAUCAGUACCGACAUCGUGAGCUUAGCCCAGAUCACUGCUAGUGCCCCGCAAGAUGAUGUGAUCGAGAACUCCGGAGUGGGCUUCCUCCAAGGUCUUUACCCUCCCGCCGGUUCGGUUGCCGAGGAAACUCUGCGCAAUGGAACAACCGUCGAGGUACCAUUGAAUGGAUAUCAGCUCAUCCCAAUGUCGGAUGUGCAAUCUGGCAGCGGGAGCGAGGACAACUCGUGGUUGCAGAGCACCUCUUCCUGUGGCAAGGCCAUAAUCAGCAGUAAUAACUACUUUGACUCAAAAUCCUACGAGAGUCUGCUUUCAGAUACUCGCAUGCUUUACCAGUCUCUUGAGCCGUUGGUGAACGAGACAUUCAGUGCCAGCAAGCUGAGCUACAAGAAUGCAUACUCUAUAUGGGACCUACUCCACGUGGCUCUCAUACAUAACUCCACCACGAGUUUUCCUUCAUCGACCAUUCUCAACGACACAGUCAUACAAGAGCUGCUUGUUCUCGCGAACGAGCACGAGUUGAACCUGGCAUACAAUAGCUCUGAUCCCAUCCGUGCCAUUGCGGGUAUGACUCUGGCAGGCGAAGUUCUGACAGCCCUGAAUGAAACAAUUACAUCUGGCGGCAAAUCCAAGCUAAACGUUCAGUUUGGUGCAUACGCCCCUUUUCUGUCAUACUUUGGUCUGGCUGAGCUCUCACCCCACAAUGUCAAUUUUACUGGCAUUCCUAACUACGCUUCAUCCAUGGCGUGGGAGCUCGUGACAGACGAUGAGGGAACUGAGAUACCCGCCACUUCAGACAUCAGAGUGCGUUUCUUGUUCCACAAUGGAACUAGCAUUGAGGGAUCGACACAGCUGCAAACCUACGCACUUUUCGGCCAAUCCACGAUCGAGCUCUCGUGGGCGCAAUUUGUUGACGAGACGAGGAAAAUCUCCAUUCAGUCACAGGACGAAUGGUGUCAGGCGUGUGGAAACAGCACUGGGAUCUGCGCAUCGAGCUCUGGUGCUGGCGAUAAUUCAUCGUCUUCUUCCUCAGCUGACUCCUGCUCGGGCAGAGGGAUGAGUUUGGGAGUAGCAGGUGUCAUUGGGGCAAUGGUAACUUUAGGUGUUCUGGUUGGACUACUCGUCUUAAGCAUGAUUGUCUUCGGUCUACGCUUCGUACCCAAGAGCGCGGUCGCCGGUAGCCAUCGAGGUUCGGACGCUUCCACGGUUCCCGUGAUGAAGACGACUGCAGCUUAG